AUGAGUUGGGUCGAGGUGUCGGUGCGGGGCUAUGAGGAAUUCGAGCAGACGUGCCGCGAGCAGCAGCGGCGGGGCCGGCGCGUCUUCGCCUACUUCAGCGGCGACAAGGACCCCGCUAGUGGCACCAGCUGGUGCCCGGAUUGCAUAAAGGCGGAGCCAGUAGUGCGAGCUGAGCUCCCUAAUAUGCCAGAAGCAUCUGUAUUCAUUUACUGCCAGGUUGGAGACAGAACUUACUGGAAAGAUCCCAACAAUGAGUUCAGAAAGAAGCUUAAGCUCACUGGAGUGCCUACAUUACUUAAAUAUGGAACUCCUCAAAAGUUGGUGGAAGAAGAAUGCUUUAAAUCAGAGCUUGUGCGUAUGCUAUUCACAGAAGACUGA